AACUUGGUUGGCUUUCGCCUGUCAAAAAAAAAUUCAACCCGAUGGAAUAGCACAUUAUAUGAACUGCAAAAUUUCCUCAAGGCAAUUCAAACUGAUACAACUCUUCUCACACGCCUCAUGGCAGUAAAAAAGCACGGAACUCUUACUGCCUAUCAGCAAAUUGUGCUUAAGGAAAUCGUGGCCAUCCUCAAGCCGUUUGAAGCUGCAUCAAAUGAUUUUCAGGCGGACUUCGAAACCGUUGGAAAUGUUAUUCCUGCAUAUCUAGGUUUGAUGAACGCUCUUACUCUUACAGUCAGGGACAGGAACGGAGUACAGAUCCCGAAUCCAAAUAGCCGACUCACAACAUUGGUUAAAUAUUGCAAGGGCUUCGUGGCGGGAUUGCGAUUAUCUUUAGAACGACGUUUUUUAUUCAUCCUGCGCGAUGUCCAUUACGUUAUGGGCUCAAUAUUUGAUCCGAGGUUCAAGCUGGCUUGGAUUACGUUGGCAGGAUUGAACGAAACGGCCGUGGUAAAAGCGGUUGCUGCUGAAAUUGAGCUGCGAUAUCACAUUCUUCGUACUAGAAAAGUUGACAGUGUUUGUUUACCAAAUCCACAAACUCAAGUUCAAACAGACGAUGCCUGCGUUUCUCCUCCUAACAAUUUAGCCGGACCACCAUCAUCAACUCGCAAGAGACGAUUGAGUCAGUCCCUAUAUUCACCAGUAAUUGAGGUACCAAGACCUCGUUCGGUGAUUGGGCCUGCCAAAGCCUUGGAAGAGUUCGACGUUUAGUUGAAAGAAGACAUCAUAGACAUGGAAGUUCCAUUGGAUCCAAUGGAUCCCAACAGUGAGCUUGAAAUCGGAAGAGAUGUUGUAAGCGUGGCUGCAUCCUCAGGUUCUGUCGAACGGGCAUUCAGUGUGGCUUCCGAUAUAUUAACGGCCAAACGGUCUGCCAUGAAACCCGAUCUUUUUUCUAACUUAAUGCUCAUUAAGUGUAAUGCUGGACUUAACGUAGGCUCAUUUGAUGAAUAAAUGAAAAGUAAUGCUGAAAAUGAAUUUCCACGCAAAA